UCAUAGAUAUGAAUAUCAUUGGUUGGGAGUCGCUGGAGAAAUUAUUGGAAAGCAGUGAAAGUGGACAAUUAGAGAAGUGUUUGGAAAAGUUGCUCUUAACCCCCGAUAUCACCAAAGGAAAACCUGUGUCUCUGAAGGUGGAGAUUCAAAAUAAGAAGAAAUUGCAAAUAUUAGUAAAACUGAUGAAGUCACUUUAUGUGAAGGGCGCUGAGAAGGGGAAUUCCCAAAGUUCCGAGAGCGUGAGAUUUACGUUCUGUCCAGAAAGACGCAUGUGGUUCUGGACCCCGGACGACAACAAACAUAUUUGGAUGGAGGUAUCAAAAAUACAGACUUGACAUUUAAUGUGGAAUCAUAAUUCAUCAGUUUUUUUCUUAUUUUGCUGACCGGUAAAUGGAAAUAAGCAUUAAAAUCGUGGUUUAAUAACCUUUUGAUAAUCUCUUUGAUGUCAUUGUGACAUCAGUUCAGUAAUUGAAUUCGCCAGUGAAGCAAACAA